CCACAGCCUUUCACUCACGGCCUGAAGGAGCCUCCCUCCCCACUGCUGCCGCACAAGACAGUGAGAACGACCCACAGGACCACAGAGAGACAUGAAGAGCCUGCUCCUUCUCUCAAUUCUGGCUGCCUUGGCCAUGGCAGCUUUGUGUUACGAAUCUCAUGAAAGCUUGGAAUCCUAUGAACUUAAUCCCUUCCUUAACAGGAGAAAUGCUAAUACCUUUAUGACUCCGCAGCAGAGAUGGAGAGCUAGAGCCCAAGAAAGGAUCCGAGAAAGCACCAAGCCUGCCCAUGAGCUCAACCGGGAAGCCUGUGAGGACUUCAAACUUUGCGAACGCUAUGCUAUGGUUUACGGAUACGAUGCUGCCUACAAUCGCUAUUUCCGGCAGCGCCGAUGGGAAAAAUGAGAUUGGGAAACGUCUCUUUCUUUCCAGAGCCUGGUGCCUGGUUUUGUAUUCCCUUGCAGUAGCAUCACUGAACUAUAUAGACACACACAAAUUGCUUGUUUCUUAAAUGUUCUCGUCUGGCUGCACCCGUCCUUCCUGCCCGCAUCGAUGAGUAGUGAAAGUGCAGUGUAGUGAAGGUUGAAGGGGAGUUAAGAUGUGUAAUUACUACACAAUAAACUUCUGGUUGGAUCCUUUCA